AAGGAGCAUUAAGGAACGGCUGGUUCACUGCAUUAUUGAGUUGCAUCUCACUGCAGCCCUCCUCACACUGGUACGGUGAGCUCCGGCUGCAGCUGCAAGACGACUAGCAGUUUAUUUCUUUUUUGUGAACGUCCUGUAAGGCUGUGAGAUCUAUCAAAUCGGUUUGGCAACUUUCAUCGCAGAGAGAUCUGCUUCUACUGCCAUGGCAUCCCCAACAUCCAAUUGAUUUGAUAGGAUGUGGUAGGAAACGAAGAGAAGGUUUUCUUGGUAGUACCUGUACAAGGCUGCUAGUCUUGAUGUAGAAGAAUAACGCCAUGAAGAGUUGGACAGAUGACCAUCCAAGGAAGCUACAAUACUCAUUAGUUAAAGAGAUUACAAAUAAUUUUACAGAUGAACUUGGACGCGGUGCAUUUGGACGUGUGUUUAAGGGGCUGCUUGAUGAUGGAGAAGAGGUUGCUGUGAAGGUGCUUCGUUAUUUCACGCCUGAGAUCAGUGACCAGCAGUUCCAAAAUGAAUUUGGAAACCUUAAGAAGCUCAAGCAUCCUAAUAUUGUACGAUUGUUGGGGUUCUGCGAUGAAACUGAGGAAGAAAUUAUUGAGCACAAAGGAAAAUUAGUAGUUUGUUAUAGGAUACACAGGGCACUGUGUCUUGAGUAUGUGCCCAAUGGAAACCUUCGCAAGUUUCUUUCAGGUGGAUGUCUUAGCAAGAAUUGGCCCAUACGCUACAAAAUAAUUAAGGGAAUCUGCGAGGGUCUACAGUACCUUCACAAGAUUCCCAUUUUCCAUUUUGACUUAAAACCUGAUAAUAUACUGCUAGAUGAGAAGAUGUUGCCAAAAAUCACCGAUUUUGGUUUAUCUAGGCUCAUUGGUGAAGGGAACACCAAAAAGACAAUGACGCCUCUAGGGACAGUUGGAUACUUGCCUCCAGAGUUCAUUGACAAUCAAAUAAUCUCCAGGGAAUAUGACAUAUAUAGUUUAGGUGUUAUAAUUAUGCAGAUAAUCACUGGUGUUACAAGCUUCUCUGAUUUUGCUGACAUGGAGCCCCAAGAAUUUAUUGAACAUGUACAUGACAACUGGAAAAGAAGUCUAGAAGAGAUCCCAGAGUAUGCGUCACUUGAAGCGGAUUGCAAACAAGUGAAAAGAUGUAUGGAAAUUGCAAUAAACUGCAGGAAGAAGAAGCGUCAUGAAAGGCCUACAAUAGAGGAUAUUGUCAGCAAAUUAGAUGAGAUGGAAAGCAAAUUAGAUGAGAUGGAAACUGUUAAAAUUGACACGCAGUUGUCAAUUAAAAAGGGUUACUUUGAAGAAUCUAGUGGCAUCCUGGGCAGGCCAUGUCAAUUACAAUCGGCUGGAGCGGUACUCCUUGCUGUCACGAAGAUUGGUUCCAUUUUAGGAGAUGAAACCUCCAAGGCUGUUAUAUAUAAGCUGUCUGGAAAAGUUCAUUCUCUGAAGGAGCUGCCAUGGAAAGUCGAUCAAAUAAGGAAGAAACUGACAUUCAUGAGCCAAAUUAUACAGCAGAUUGGAACAGUUUACCUCACAGAUGAGCUUGUCAAUAAUUGGAUCGGGGAGGUCCGGAAGGUGGCUUACCGUGUUGAAGAUGUAGUAGACAAAUACUCAUACCAUGUUUUUCAACUGAUGCAAGAAGGGUUCCUGAAGAAGUUCUUCAUCAAGGGAACCCAUUAUUCCAUUGUUUUCAGCGCAAUUACAGAUGAGAUAGCUGAUAUAGAAGAGGAGAUUAACCAAGUUAUUCAUAUGAAGGAUAAUUGGUUACACGAAACACAGCUUGUCUCUAACCAACAACAACUUGCUGAGAUUGAAAGACAUCGCUCGGAAGAACAAAUGGCAAAAGCUGUACUCCUUGUUGUUAUUCACGAUGAUCUUGUGGGAAUUGAAGAAAACAGGAGACUGCUGACUGGAUGGUUGAACUCAGACGAGCAAAUUACCAGAUUAAUAACAGUAUCUGGUAUGGGUGGAUUGGGGAAAACCACCCUUGUCACAAAUGUGUACGAGCGGGAGAAGAACAAUUUCACCACUCAUGCUUGGAUCGUUGUAUCUCAGAAUUAUGAUGUGGUUAAAUUGCUGAGGAAACUGCUGAGGAAGAUUGGGGAGCCAGAACAGUCACAGCUAGUGGAUUUGGAUGCCCGUGACUUGAAAGCAAAAGUAAAGGAAAGACUAGCUGGUAGGAAGUGCUUGAUUGUACUGGAUGAUGUAUGGAAUCAAGAAGCAUACACUCAGAUAAGGGAUGCAUUCCAGAACCUCCAAGCAAGUUGUGUUAUCAUCACGACGCGACAGGAACAGGUCGCAGUCCUUGCUCACCCCACUCGUCAACUCAAACUCAAGCCAUUGGAUCACGGUGAUGCACACGUGCUGUUUUGCAGAAAGGCUUUCUAUAACACCAUAAAUUGCAGCUGCCCCGAUGAACUUGAGAAGCUGGCCAACAAUAUAGUGGAUAGGUGUCAAGGACUUCCACUUGCAAUCGUAACCAUGGGUGGCCUGCUGUCUGCACUGCCACCAAUUAAACAAGUUUGGAACGAAACAUACAAGCAAUUUCAGGAUGAGCUGACGAACAAUGAUCAUGUUCGUGCAAUUCUAAAUCUGAGCUACCACGACUUACCUGGAAAUCUUAGAAACUGCUUCCUUUAUUGUAGCUUGUACCCUGAGGAUCACCUAAUGUCACGAGAGAGCCUUGUUUGGCUAUGGGUUGCAGAAGGUUUUGCGCUUCAAAAUGAACAAAGCACACCAGAGGAGGUGGCCGACAGAUACCUACGGGAACUGAUCCAAAGGAAUAUGCUGGAAGCUGUUGAGAACGAUGAGCUAGGAAGGGUCCGCACCUGUAAGAUGCAUGACCUUGUACGUGACCUGGCACUUUCUGUUGCUAAAGAGGAGAAGUUUGGUUUUGCGUAUGAUUUUGGCACAUUGGUGAAGAUGGACAAGGGUGUUCGUCGCCUGUCUUCCUGUGGAUGGCAGGACAAAACUUCACUGAAAGUUAAAAUUCAACUGCCACGCCUUCGAACCGCAGUUGCACUCGGAAUAAUUGGAUCCUCCCCUCAGUUGUUAUCUUCAGUUCUUUCUGAAUCCACGUACCUGACAGUUCUCGAGUUGCAAGAUUCUGAAAUAAGUGAAGUGCCAGCAUCCAUAGGAAAUAUGUUUAAUCUACGCUACAUUGGUCUGCGUCGCACAAGAGUUAAAUCACUCCCAGAAUCGAUUGGAAAGCUCUCCAACCUCCAAACACUGGACAUAAAGGCAACAAAAAUAGAGAAGCUACCAAGAGGUGUUGUUAAAAUCAAGAAGUUACGGCACCUUCUGGCAGACAGAUUUGCAGAUGAGAAGCAGUCAGAGUUCCGAUACUUCAUUGGAGUGCAAGCACCAAAAGAGCUAUCCAACUUGGAAGAACUUCAGACUCUAGAAACUUUGGAAGCCAACAAGGACCUGGCUGAGCAGCUGAUAAAACUUACGAAACUAAGGAGUGUGUGGAUUGACAACAUAAGUGCAGCGGAUUGCGCAAACCUUUUCUCUAUACUGUCAAAGAUGCCUCUUCUUUCCAGCUUGCUUCUCUCUACAAGUGAUGAGAACGAGACACUUCAUUUGGAAAAUCUGAAGCCAGCAUCUGAAAACUUCCACAGAUUGAUAAUCAGAGGGUGCUGGGCAGAUAAGACACUUGAGUGCCCUGUAUUCCGUGACAGUGGCAGAAAUCUCAAAUAUCUAGCUAUUAGCUGGUGCCACCUUCAGGAAGAUCCACUGCAGCUGCUUGCACCUUACGUGCCGAAUCUCACCUAUCUUAGUCUUAACAGGGUGAGUACUGCAGACACCUUAGUUCUUUCUAAAGGGUGCUUCCCACAGCUGAAGACGCUUGUCUUGAAGCGCAUGCCCAAUGUUGACAAGGUGGAGAUCAGAGUCGGUGCCCUUCAACAGAUCGAGGGUUUAUAUGUUUUGUCACUUCUAAAGCUCGACAAGGUCCCCCAAGGUAUUGAAUCCCUUCGUUCUCUUAAGAAACUGUGGCUGCUGAGUUUGCACAAGGACUUCAGAGGUCAUUGGGAUAGCAAAAAGAUGCAGCAGAAGAUGCAGUAUGUUCAAGAGCUCCGCAUCUGAAGUGGCACACGUGUACCACAGGAGUAGAAAUGCACUUCACAUCUGCUCGCAGCAACGUCAGGCGUUUAAUCCUUUCCAAAUAACUAAAUAAGUCAUCAGAUCUUUGACAUUGUUGAUGCAACUACAAUUGCAGUUAUGCCAUGCUUUAGCAUUUUCCUUUUUAAUGGACCCUGACUUUAUCUGCGAUCAGGGCGUGCCCAGCCUCAUCGCAGCUGUGGUAUAUUUUUCCCCAUUGAUUCAGAUUUUGAUUCCCAUCC